AUGUCUUCGCAUUCAUCGGAGAGAACCGUCACAGCCGGUGCCUCCCCGUCGCCGGCGACCGGCGUCUCUCUCGCCGGAGCCCAUCAUCACGUCUCCAUGAAGCUCAACAGCCGGAACUUCCUGUUCUGGCGUACUCAGCUUGUCCCAUUCGUCCAGGGGCAAGAUCUACUGGGCUAUGUCGACGGAUCGACGUCGUGUCCAUCGCCAACAGUCGCGGCUGCUGCUUCCGGCGAGUCGGGCUCCGGUGCGACAACGAAUGCGGUCGUUCCCAACCCCGCGUAUAAGGCCUGGGUCUUGCAAGACCAGUCCAUUCUCUCCAUGCUGAUCUCCUCCAUGUCCGACGAGGUUCUUCACUUGGCGGUCGGACGGGAGACAGCGGCGGCGGUGUGGCAGUCGAUCACCUCAUCGCUCGGGUCAUCCACCGAAGCGAGAUGUCUCAGCCUCUUAGGCCAAUUCCAGACGCUGAGACAAGGCAAUCAGUCGACGGCCGAGUACUUGGGACGCGCGGAGGUUCUCGUCGAAGCGUUGGCGCAAGCUGGACGGCCGCUGUCAUCCACCGAGCAGAACCUCUAUGUUCUGCGCGGUUUGCGUCAGGACCUGAGAGUAUUAGCCGCUUCAUUAACCGCCACCAACAAGGCUGUGUCUCUACCGCAACUGGCCGACUUCUUGACUGCUCAGGAAUUCAUCAUCUCUGAUGAUUAUUCAACCGGGGCAGACGGCAGUGGCGGCCACCCUCCGGCAGCCUUAUAUGCUGGUCGUGGUCGCAGAUCCGGCGGAGAUGGCGGGCGGAACUCCUCGGGUCAACAGUGGCGUGGUGGACGGAGCAGUAAUGGCGGCAGGAACAAUCGGGGUCGAGGUGGCCGGAAUAAUCGUGGUGUUCCAUGA